UUCAGAUCUCUCAUAGCAUAAAUCUGGCUGGGGAGGGUGUGAUACGUAAAGUCCAGAGACUUCAUCUGGACUAAAUACUUGGCAUGACAUCCUGGCACCGUGAGGAUGCAUGGCAGCUCCUCGCUGCACCACCAGAGGCUGAAAUUAAGAGAGCACAAAGUGCAGAGCAAAGGGAGCUGGUUUUCUUUAUUAAACUCCUUUCAGCAUCUGACUGCUAGCAGUUAAGAUGGCACACAAAGGAGGAUUUCCUUUACAGAUAGUAAGCAGAGUAGCAGGAAUCAAACGCAGAAUCACAGAGUGGCUUGGGUUGGAAAGGAUCUCAAAGAUCAUCCAGUUGCCACCCAGCAGCUCAAGCUGCCCAGGGCCCCAUGGCCUUGAGCGCCUCCAGGGACGGGGCACCCACAGCCUCUCUGGGCAGCCUGUGCCAGCGCCUCACCGCCCUCUCUGUGAAAAACGUCCACCUGACUUCUUCUAAUGCAAAUCUCCCCCCUUCAAUUUAAAACCGUUCCCCUUUGUCCUAUCACGAUCUGACCAUGUAAAAGCUGAUUUCCCUCCUGUUUAUAAUCUCCCUUUAAAUAUUGGAAGGCCGCAAUGAAGUCCCUCCAGAGCCUUCUCCAGACUGAACAAACCCAGCACCUUCAGCCAAUUCUAUCGUCAUACAACCAUAGAAUCAUUUAUCUAGCUUUCUUCUGACGUUUAAGGAGCUGUGUUUCAGGAACCUGUAAAGCUGUUUGUGUUUUACAAAAUCAGUAGUUUCUGGCAGUGAUCCAGUGAGAGUAACCAAACUGACGCUUGCAGCUGGGAAAUCUCUGCUGGAGGGCUGUCUGGCAGCAUCCCGAGAUCGUUCCACUCCAGAGAUCAUUCCACUCCCACAGCUACGCAAUUCUUGCGUAUUGUGACUGUUUGCUCCUGGGGUUUCUAACAGGGCCCUUCCCAGACUUUUCACAUGUUGGUGUGCGGCAUAUCCUCAGAUCAGCAGCCUGUGGGAACGAUGGUUUGGUGGGAACGUCAAGUGUUAACUUUGUUCCUCUUGUACUGAGUAUGCCCUCGGCUGGAUGCAAUUACAGCCCUUUGUCCUCUGUAACAGCAGGAAGGGACUGUCCCAGCAGCACCCAGCUGAGCUGAAAGUACUACAGUAAAUUGGUCAGAUACCAGGGGACUGAUACUCCUUGCUAAGGAAACCCUGGAGGCUGAGGAGUGAAUCACUUGGAGCAGGAGGGACCUUACAGGGUGGUCAGUCAGAGGUGAGGUCUCCCAGGAUCUCUGUAGGAGAAGGCCUAAGCCUGAACACAACUGCCUGGGGUUCAAAAUAGCAGCACAGUUGAACACGCUCCAAAAACAGACAGCGUGUGCCCAGAGCAGCUGAGGGUUAUGGUGGGCAGGCUGCCAUAAGUGGCUGCCAAGACCAAGGGAUUUAGAGAGAGUGCUGAGAUGGAGACAAGCGGCAAGAAUUUUAUGUGUUUGGGCCUGCAGCCCGCCCAGGGAGAAAGUGAAAGAGGUAAUAUUAAGCCUAGAAAAAAGUAACCUGGUGAGUGCAAUGAAGCACACCUGGAAGAAGGCCAUCAAAAUCAGGUGUUCAGCAUGCAGAACCUUGACAUGCUGUGCAAAAAUCUGGAAUAGCAUAGAGACCCCAGAUGCCCAGACUGGACUCUAGGGGGGAGUAAAUACAAGAGCACUGAGAGACCCACCUUAGUGGAAACAAGAAGAUGACACAUAUAAGGCAUCUACUGUCAUACCUGUUGCCUUGCUUAUAAAAUACCUGUUGCCUUGCUUAUAAAAUACCUGUUUUUCCACUGUUGAAUGGAGGUUAAGAAGAGAGCACUGCUCGAUUCACAGCCAAAUCCCAAUAUGUGGAAAGGGGAAGAACAUGCAUCUUUGCAACAGACAUUUCUAUCUGGGCUCUGUGAACACCCUUCAGAAAGCAAAGCAGAUGGUUUUGUUGUUUGGCUCUGUGCUGUGUUUUCGAGUCCCAAGUGCUGUUUACUGCCUGCCUUUUGACCAGUCAGUUAAAUCUACAGAUGCAAAGGUUAAAUACUAAUUUUCAUAUCCACACAACUUACGCACACACAGAAUACAACAUAAGCAAGCAAUCUGAUGAGAUCAAAUAUGUAUGCAGACAAUGACUUCAGAAUGGGGGAAAAUUUACCUUCAUGCCAGGUUAGUUUUAAAGCUGAAUCAUCAAGAGUGGGUUGGUGACUACGUCAGUGAAUUCCUUCAGGACUCUGGGAUGCAUCUCAUCAGGGCCCAUAGACUUAGGGAUGAUCAGAUUCCCUAGGCAGUCGCGAACCUGAUUUUUGCUUACAGCAGGAGGGGCAUUGCUCUCCCAGUUCCCACCUUCUGAACCAAAAAAAUAAAACAACAGGAGACAGUUGAAGGAUAAGGUGAAGAUCUUUUCGAGCUUAAAUUUUGAAAACUGAGGGUGAGCAUUGGUCAGGGAAUGCCCAGGCACUGCCCCUGUGCUGGCACAGAUCCUUCUCACUGAGCAUUUUGGGGCAUAGCCCCCAGGACUCCUGUCCAGGCCCCAGGAGGAGGCAGCCCUGCAGCAAAGGGAUGGCCGUGGGAGCAGCAGGCUGAGAAAUCCAUCUCCCCAGGCUAUGCCUCCCUGCCAAGAUCUUCCCCACUUGCUGGGUGCCCACGAAGUCAUUGUGACAUGACAGAGCCAUCAGUGACUGCACCGUGGGGCAGCUCGUGCACUACCAGAUACUGAGACUAGGGAAGGUGCAGCGCAGUGCUCAGCAUGGGGAUCUCCCUCAUGCUUAUGCUCUGUUUGGCUUUUCUGUUCCCUGGCAGCCUCGGCUAUGCCAGCCGCCCCUCUUGGGCCACCCUCAUGGGGGACACGGCUCCUGAGGACAUCGGCCAGAUCUCCGACUUCAGUCGGAGGACCCAGUCCUACCUACUGGACGACCACCUUUUGCCUUCCUUUGCCCAGGUGAAUGUAACUGUGUCAUCUGUGGAGGUGAUCUACAGGAAUGGCCCAGCCCUGUGCCUGCUCACUGGGCUGUUCCUUGUGGCCGUUUACAUAUGUAGCAAAGCCAGAAGGAGAUGGAGGAAGAAGAUGAGCCAUCUACCUCCAGCUUUCUCGGGGACUCACAGCUACAACAUGAACAUCUACAGAAUCUGUGAGGACCCAUACCGGUUGGAAGCAAACGUCAUCCUGAUGCGGAAGGUCAUAAGGAGACUGCUCCUAGGCUACCCAAAAGCUGGCAGGACCAACGGAAAGAAGAGAAAGUGGAGAGAUAUGGAAGAGGAGGAGUGUCAUUCUCCACCUGUGUACCCAACCAAAGAGCUUCUGGGAGGGAAUCAGGAUUGUUCCACGUGAAUAAAGUAUGGCAACUUGAACAUUAGACAUUACUGCUUUGUCUUCAUCCAAACCUGAUGUGCCUGGCACGUGGGAGAGGCAGAGAGGAGAAAGAACAAGAGAUGGAGUCAGAAGAGGUGAGCCCUCACUCACCACCUCCCAGAGGCUCUCCCUGAGCAAUGGCUCUGCUGGCAGGUGAAACCCACAGGUUUUUCUCCACCCAGGGAACUCACAGUGGGUGUUUGAUGAGCCUGGGCCUUAAACAUGACAUUCUGCAUGUCACAGGUCUUUAUCAUGAGUUUGGUGCACCAGAGGGGCCUCCAGUUGCCUUUCUGUGCUUAGCACUUGUCUCUCGAAUGCCUUGCAGUUCAACGCAAGUUCCUCCAAAUUCAUUUUGCUUGCCCAACACACCUCUGACUGCUUUCAUUUUGCACUCAGGGAUCUCCAAGUGCUUUUCCCUUUGGCCUCAGGGUUCUCAGAGUGUUUUCCUGUGCUCACCAAUGACCUGUGAUCUCUUUGUUUUGUCCAGGGACCUCCAUGUGCAUUUUGGCGCAUCCCUAGCAUUUCCAAAGCCCUUGUCUGCUCAAUUCAGGGCUCCCAAGUUCAGUUUGGUGCUCCAAAGUCCUGCAAAGCCCUUUCAAUUCAACCCAGCAGCUUCACUGCAUCUUUCUGUUUACUCAAGUGUCCUGCAAGUGUCUUUCUGUUCCAAAACGAAUGUCCAGGUAUCUCUCUCAGCAAAACAGUGGCCUCUGAGUGCCUUUCUCUUUCACCCAAGCCUUCCAAGUGUGUCUGAAUGCAUGCUCAGGAGCUCCAAAAUCCUUUGAUGGAAAUCUUCAUACUGUCUUUUCAUUAUCGCAGCAUGUUUCUGAGUGUCUUUCUUUCUGUUCUCCAUGGGGGCCUCCAAGUUCCUUCCUGUUCCAUUCAUGGACCUCCAAAUGUCUUUCCUUUUACCCAGAGGUCCUUGGACUGCCUUUCUAUUCAGACCAGGGAUCUCUGCUUUUCUGUUUUGAAGAAUGGCCACUGACUGCCUUUUCAUGUGCCCUAGAAACAUUCUGAGUACCACUCAGUUCAAGCCAGGCUCAUCUGAGUGUCUUUUUAACCUAGAGAUCGUCUAAGUGCCUUUCUGUUCUUCUUAGUUCAGCCAGCCUUUCCAUAUUCCUCAUGGACUUCUUUGGCCACAAAGAGCUAUUUUUCUUGCUCCCAGCGAGUUCUCCACCCAAGGCCUCCGAGAUGCUUAGAAGCUUUGUGUUCCAGCUAGGGACCUCAGAGAGUCAAUUUCCCUUGAUUCUAGGUCUUCUCAGUGCCCUUCUGUGUGUUCCAAGGGCCUCACUAUGACAUUUGUUGGGCUGGUAAGGGCAGGAGUGCCAGGGGAAGAGCCCGUGGGAGCUGUGCUUGAGGAGGGGGCACCUGUGUGCAGCCCCAGGCCAUGAGCUCUGUGCUGUUCACUGUGCUCUUUAUCCUGUGCAUAGGGUCCAAGCAUCACCAGGCCAGAGCCUUGGUGUAGUCCAUGGCGAUGUGGGCAGGGGGCACCUGAGGGGAUAUGUGCAGACAGUCAUGUGGUUAAUUAAUGAUUACCUAAUGACCUUGGUGGGGGGGGGGGUGGUGUGAGGGGAGUGGGGCCUCCUGAAUGCUGGGUUCCCCCCCAACACACUGGACCUUGCUCUUUGCCCUGCCCCUCCUCCUGGACCUUUGGCAUUUGGGCCCAGUUGGAACAAGUAUAAAAGUGGUGCAGAGGAGUGGGAGGGACCAGGAGACCCUGAGGCCAGAAGAGAAACGGAAGCACACAGAAGUUCAGGUACCCAUGGCAAGCUGGAUGCUAUGCGUAGCCCUCAUACUGGCAACAGCGGCAGGGGCUGUGGGUGAGACCCGCUAUGAGAAGUUCUUGCGGCAGCAUGUGGACCACCCCCGGACGCUCGGGCUCAUGGGGCACCGCUACUGUGGGGUCAUGCUGGCACGACGGCAAGUGACGGCCCCGGGGAGGCCUUGCAAACCAUCCAACACCUUCGUACAUGCACCAGCUGAGGACCUGGUGGCCACCUGCACCCGCCCAGCCGACACAAUGGGGUUCCACAGCACCUCAACACCUAUGGACAUCACAGCCUGCCGCCUGCGGGGUGGAGACACCCGGCCCCCUUGCAAUUACCGGGCCCGGCAGCUCCAUCACCAUGUGCGUGUUUCCUGCCUUGAUGGGCUGCCUGUGCACCUUGCUGGCACCCAUGCGUCUGUUAAUGAGUCUUGACAUGGGGGGCAAUGCAUGGGGAGGUGGAUUCUCCUGCUGUGGGUAAGGGCUGCAUUAGGACCUGCAAUAAAGGAGGUGCCACAGG